UGCGUCAUCUCAAGGUCGCCAGGGUCAAGGAGGCGGUUCCUCGGCAGCCCAAACCCACAACAACAAUAACAACAAGGACGGCGGCGGUUUCUCGGGGCCGCGUCUUCGUUGCGGCCUCCUGUGCCGCCAUCUUCGCGAAGGAACCUCUGCGGCGCGGAGGGGGGGAGGGGGGCAGGGGAGGUAGGCCGGACAACCGCCGUUCGCCGCCAUGAAGCUCCGCGUACGGCUGCAGAGGCGGACGGCUCUAUUGGAGUUGCCAGAGGCGGAACCGCAGCUGGGGGAUUUGCGUGCGCGCCUCGGCCAAACCCUCUUGCCCGCUUGGGGUUACAGUUCUGACAUCAAGUUUGCAAUAACAUUGAACAACAAAGACUCCCUUACUGGAGAUGAGGAAACCCUAGCAUCAUUUGGGAUUGUUUCAGGAGACUUGAUAUGUUUGAUAUUGGAAGAUACUGAGACAGAAUUAAGAGUAUUUCCAACUCACACUUCAUCCCUGCAUCCACAAGAGAAUAAUCAUGAGCCAUCAACUUCAGCCAUUUGUCACAACCAGUCUAAAAUUCUAGAUAGUGAAAGACACAAUGGACAUCUUCUAGAACGUACAGUUCAGAUGAAUACAGACGAUAUGGCAGAAUCCAGCCAAGCAUUUGCUUCAGAAGCUGUAUCUGAUGACUUUGACUUCCAAGAAGCUGCUGGUUCUUAUCCUUCAGAGCCAAUGCUUUGCUCUGAAGCUACGGAUGGACAAGUACCACACUCACUUCAGACCCUCUAUCAUUCUGCAGAAUGUACCAGUGCCAAUGAUGCCUUGAUAGUUUUGAUCCAUCUUAUCAUGAUGGAAACAGGAUAUAUACCUCAAGGAACAGAGUCAAAGGCAACAAGAAUGCCUGACAAAUGGCGGAACAGAGGUGUUUAUAAGCUACAGUAUGCCCAUCCCCUCUGUGAAAAUGGCAUUGCUGCCCUUACUUGUGUGCCUUUGGGAGACCUUAUUGUUAUCAAUGCAAUGCUGAAGAUUGACAUUGAUAUCAAAAGUGUGAAGAGACUACAACUUCUGCCAGCUACAUUUAUCUGCUUUGAAAACUCAGGAAAUGUUGCAGGUGUGUAUAAGGACCUUCAGAAGCUCUCUUGUCUCUUUAAAGAUCGGCUGGUGUACCCUCUUCUGGCUGCUGCUCGGCAAGCAUUAAAUCUACCAGAUGUGUUUGGCCUGGUGGUUCUUCCAUUGGAGCUGAAACUCCGAAUCUUCCGGCUCUUGGACUUUCGUUCAUUAAUUUCUUUGUCUGCUGUUUGUCAUGAUCUUUAUGCUGCUUCGAAUGAUCAGUUAUUGUGGAGGUUCAUAUACUUGCGAGAUUUUAGAGAUCCUGUUGCCAGAUCUCGAGACACAGAUUGGAAAGAACUGUACAAGAAAAAAUUGAAGCAGAAGAAAGAUGCACUGAAGUGGAGACACAUGAUGUUUCUGCCCCCUCCUCCCCUCCCAGUGCCAUUUCAUCCCAGUCCACUGUAUCCCAGUCCUUUUUGCCCUAAUCCACUUUAUCCCCCCAAUAUCAUUGGUGGUGAAUUUGAUGAGAGGCCAGCAGUCCCUUCCAUUGGUGAUCCAAUAAGCUCCCUCUUUCCUGGCCCUGCUGAGCUUCCAAGUCAAUAUCUUCCUAUUUCCCCACACUUAGAUCCAUUUUCCACUUUACCAUAUUUUGAUCCUUUUGUGUCAUUUCAAGAACCCAAUCCAACUCUCCCAGGAAGAGCCAGUCGGAGCCGCCCAAUUGAUAGCCGCCGUGCAUUCAUAUGAGAACUCUUUCAGCCUUAUUGAUAAAGUUUUAAACCUCUCUUUGUGGGCUUACUUUAAAACUGUAUAGUAACAUACUUCAGCUUCAGAGCUAUGAUGUCUGCUGUUUUAAAAUUAUGACAGUGCAUAAGUACUACCGCAUCUUGAUUCCAUAGACUUGGGCCCAACAGUUCAGUGCAAACAAUUUGUCCUGCCUCCCUUGGAAAUGCAGAUCCUUUUUGCAAGAAUAUUGUGGGACACUAUUCUUUUCAUUUACAGUGGCAGGCUCCUUCUUAGAAACGAAAAGGUUUGCUUUUGUUGCAUCAGAUAAAAAGCACUUUAAAAUAUAAACUAAGUUGGUCUGGGUUGUUUUAAUUUUUAAAUCUGUCAUUUAAAUAUUUGUGCUAUGUUCUUUUCUUCCAGUAAUUAGCCUGACUAAAUGCUUUUUCCAUGAAAAGAUUUUCUGUUCUAUGCAAUAUCUGGCACUUGGAAAGCUACAAAAACCAGCUGAUUUGAUUGUUCUUUGGAUACUUCAUAUAUUUUCUUUAUUACUUGAAAAGCAAUGUUAGUAUUGGGGAUUUCAAAGCACAAAGAAUAUUGAGUUAAAAUGAUUUUUUUUACAUAUGAGAGAAUAAGACAUUGAACUGUUCACCUUACAAACAGUUGAAUAAUAACAUGCUAUAGUAUAACCCAGAAGAUGAGAAAUGGUGAAUGUCAGAAGCUCUGGCAAAAAGUUGCUGCCUUUCUAUUUCAAUUUUUUUGUAGUAAAUUUCAACAGAAAGUACCCUAAGUACUUUAUGAAAUAAAAUGACAGGGCCAUCCGUACAUUUAAAUAAUCAUUGCUUAAUAGUUUUUAACAUUUUUCAGCCAACUAAGUUGGGUUAACAUUCCUAGUUACUUUUAAAUGUAUAAUUACAAGACGUGCAAUUCUUAGGGAUAAAUAGACAUAACUGUCUAGUUCAGUGUUUCUCAACCUUGACCAUUUUAAGGCAUGUGAACUUCAACUCCCAAAAUUCCAUAGACAGCAUUGCUGGCUGUGGAAUUCUGGGAGUUGAAGUCCACAUGUCUUAAAAUGGUCAAGGUUGAGAAACACUGGUCUAGUUGAUCAGUUGAUAAGUGAUAUUUCUUAUUAGAAGGUAAUCUAAGGUUGAGCACAAAUAAUAUAACCAUGGAUGAUUCUCCAUUGAUGGCUUUUCAAGGGAAAAUGUAUUAUCUUUGCUAUUCCAAAUUUUUUUCUGUAUCGUAUUUUCAGUCUUAUUUAAAAAACAAAAAGAGUUACUUAAAUGCACUGAUUUUGAUGUGUCAGUUUUGUAUCAUCCUAAAUAUCAGUUUGAUGAGGGAUUGAACUAAACUGAGAGAAUUCCAUAGAUGGCUGUUAUGUCUUAUAGCUCAAAUUCUAAAUUUCAUGAUUUUACAUUAAGGAGCUAACAUAUUAAGUACUUAAAUUAAAGAUGUGAUUGUACUAUAUUUAGAAUAUAUAGUACUUUAUAUGUAGAGUAUUAUAAAGAUGUGUUUAUUUACUAUCACAAGGAGUGUUCAGUAUUUGUGACUGCUGAUUAAUUAUUCUGUUAGGAAUUUCUCUAGGUUAGUUCUCUCCUUGAUUAGUUUCCAUCCUUUGCUUCUUGCCCUGUCUUCUGGUGCUUUGGAGAAUAAAUUGACCCCCUCUUCUU